AUGGACAAACCAGUGAAGCUCGCCAGGGUAACGAAGAUUAUUGGACGUACUGGUUCUCAGGGCCAGUGUACACAGGUUCGUGUCGAAUUUAUGGAUGACAGUGGUAAUCGGUCCAUUAUUCGUAAUGUCAAGGGACCCGUUCGUGAAGGUGACAUAUUGACCUUGUUGGAAGCGGAAAGAGAAGCUCGAAGACUUCGUUGA